AUGUUUGUGGUGUACCAGGCCACGGGCUUGCCCAUGGCUCAACAAAACAGGAGGACAUAUUUUGUGCACCAACCCUGUAAGACCACUGGGGCCCUGGGCCGAUGCCAACUUUCGAACACAGAGACGCCUUUGCGGUCGAAGGCGCGCGGCAUCGCCCCAACAAUGCGAAGCGCUCGGAAAGUCCGCGACGUGGCAUGCGAGCCGCCUGAGGUGGCCUGGGAGCACCUGGGCCUCUCUUUGGGCUCCUUGGGGGUGCGUGCGGUGCUGGGCGCGGUCGCCGUGGUCGUCAGCUUCAUUGCGAUUGCCGCGGCGGUCUUCCUGCCCCUGGCCACGUACUCCAUCAACUACGUGGACCAGGCCGGUAGCCUGCCAACCGGCGUGAUGAUGUCCGUCAUGGGCAUCCUGGUGAUGACGGUGAACUGGAUGAUUGGCUUGCUGCACAUCUUCGUUUCCUCCAAGGUUGGCUUCACCCGCCGGGACCGGGAGGGCAUCCUGAUUUUCAAGGCGUUCUCGACCUUGUGCUUGGUCAGCUUCCUGUUCAACGUCGCAAUCACGAUCUUUCCCGAAAGCAGCGCGCACCCUCUCCGCUUCCUGGUGCAGCCUCUGGGGGAGGGCCGUGCCGUCACGUCCAUGCAGGACAUCUCCUUCCAGGUGCGUGCUUCCGUGCAUUUGUUUCAUGUGCCGGCCCCGGAGCAGAUGAGAGCAGAACAUGGCGGCUGA